UGAACACCACGCCGCUACACCGACCGAGCCAACCUGCCGAUCCGGUCCGGUCCGGUCCGGCCCAUCUCUUCCCCUGGCCCUCCUCCUCAGCCGCGGCCAGCUCCCUCUCUCUCUCCCACCGGCGGCGCAGGUUGGUCGGCAGGUAGCGGCCGGCGGCGGCGGAGGCGAGAUGAGGGUCGGCGUCGGCGGGAGCGCGGGCGUGGUGUUCUACGCGGACAAGUACCACCCGAUCCAGGCGGGCAGCAUCGACGGCACGGACGUCGCCCCCCACGACAACGCCGUCCUCCGCGCCCUCCUCUGCUCCACCGCCGGCCUCUAUGAUCCGUUCGGGGACCCCAAGGCCGCCGGCGACCCCUACUGCACGGUCUUCGUCGGGCACCUCUCCCGCCUCACCGACGACGACACGGUCCGGAAGGCCAUGGGCAGGUACGGGAAAGUGAAGAGCAUGCGGCUGGUGCGGGAUAUUGUUACUGGUGCUUCCCGCGGUUAUGCGUUUGUAGAGUAUGAAACAGACAAAGAGAUGCACCGUGCCUAUGAGGAUGCACACCAUUCCAUUAUUGAUGGCAGUGAAGUGAUCGUAGACUACUAUAGGCAGCAACUUAUGCCUGGAUGGAUACCAAGGAGGCUAGGAGGAGGACUUGGAGGAAAGAAGGAGUCUGGCCAGCUUCGAUUUGGAGGUCGAGAGAGGCCAUUUCGUGCUCCCUUGCGGCCUAUUCCUCAUGAUGAACUCAAAAAGCUCGGGAUCCCACCGCCGCCUGAGGGGCGGUAUAUGACACGUUUUGAGGUUCCCCCACCACCUAGACGAAAAGGAGGCAAUGUUGACAGGGAAGAGUCGCCACCUCCUAGGAGAAUAUCCAAGGACAGGGCUGAUGGCACCUACAGAAGGCAGAGAAGUCCAACUGAAGACGAAGGCAGCCCGCGCAGGCGCAAAAGUAGCCAUGACCACAGGGAAGAUACGCAAAGGAGGAUAAGGUCAUCUAGGGAGGCAAGCACCUACAGCAGGCAGAGAAGCCCAACUGGAGACGGCGGCGACCAUCACAAGCAAAAAAGCCACCGAGAGCAGGGCGAUAUCAGCAGCUAUGAUAGGCAUGUAAGCCCAGCCGAAGACGACGGCGGUCAUCACCGCAAGCGAAGAAGAAGCCGAGAGCCUGGGGAUAUCAGGAGGAGCCACAGUGGGCGGAGAAGCCCAACUGAAGACGACGCAGGUCGCCGCAAGCGAAGAAAAAGCCGAGAGCCUGGAGAUAGCAGCAGACACAGCAGGCACAGAAGCCCAGCUGAAGACAACAACAGCGGUCAUCGCAAGCAGAGGAGGAGCCGAGAGCCAGGAGAGGUGUCGCCUGGCACGGAGGAUGGCAGUGUCAGAAGAGGAGGAACCUCCACCGAGGCCUGCCCCAGCCCGCGUCGACGAUCUCAUCGGGAGCAGAGGUAGCAUCACGGCGGCAGCAGCCGUUCCCGCCACGGCGACCAUGCUCGCUCCAGGAGAUCCGAGAGCCGAGAUUAUAGCCAGUAAGAUGUCUGCCAUUUCCGUUCUGUGAAAAACUUGUGGAUCCCUGGCCUACGUGCUGCUCGCUUGAUUUGAUGAGGUUUGUCGCCGUCAUGUGUAGGCUCUGUUCCGUUGUUGGGUGUUUGUCUUGCCAGGCGACACCGCCCGCCGUAUGUGUAGGAUCCACAGUUGGUUCCUGAGCAGUUGGGAUAGUUGUAAUUCUAGCUCUGGUAAUUCAGGUUGGAUCCCUGGCUCUGGCUGUAAGUAUAGCGUGCAAUGCAAUUUUAUGAAACGAUCUUGGUAUA